CUUCCACCUCAAACACAUUACAAUGUAUACCUCAAGGGCUGCCAUCCGUUCCACCCGCGCGUUACGUGCACGUCCUCUCCGCACUGUUCGCAACGCCCGCUUCCAGUCCACCUCAUCGGGGCAGGCCGAGGCCGGCUUCCACCCUGCCUUCGCUGGCGCCGCGGCUGGUCUUGUUGGCGGCUUUGCCGGCGCCUACGGCUUGUACCACUUCAGCGGAACCCGGGACAUUGUCAAGAAGUCGCAACAGGCAAAGUCUUACCUCGACUCCGGCAUCAACAAGAUCAAGGAGAACACACCCGAGCCCAACGAGGCUCUUCAGUACCUUCGCCAGACUGCCGUCUCGUACGCUGCAUUCAUCCCCGGUGCGAAGCAGUACGUGAAUGCUGCCUUUGAUGAUCUGGAUACGAUCCGCGGCAAGCACGGUGACGAGGUGGAUAAGAUCGUCCGCGAGGCUUACACCGAGCUUCAGAAGGUCGCACAAGGCGGUGCCAACCUUGAGACGGCCUACAAGGCAUGGGACGUCAUCCAGAAGCACCUCAAGCGUGUCGGCGAGCUUGCAGGCGAUGCUGCUCAAGACAUCAUCAACAACCACCCCGAGUUGAAGGAGAAGCUGGGCGGUCGUCUCGACCAGCUGAAGCAGAUGGGUGACCAGUACGGCCCCGAGGCCAAGAAGCAGGUCGACCAGACCUGGGAACAGAUCCAAGACAUCGUUAAGAGCGGUAUCAGCGCAGACAGCGCAGACAAGAUCAGGAAGCUGGUGCAGGAGAAGGUGGAGCUUGUGAAGAAGAUGGGCGACGAGGCCUGGAAGAAGGGUAUGGAGCAGGCCAAGCCCUACCUCGACAAGAACCCCAAGGUCAAGGAGAUCGUCGAGCAGAACGCCGAUGCCCUGAAGCAGGGUGAUCUUUCGGGCCUGUGGGAGCAGGUGCGCUCGGCCACCGAGUCAGGCGACACUGGCAAGCUCAAGGACUUCAUCAACGAGCAGACCGACAAGGCGAAGAAGAGCGGCUUCGGUGGUCUUGACCAGUACCUCAACAAGAUCCCUGGCGGUGACCAGCUCCUUCCUAAGCUUGGCCAGUUGCAGGAGAUCGCCAACAAGCACGGCAAGGAGGCCGAGCAGCUGCUGAGGGAUACGAUCGACGAGCUGAGCCAGGUCCUCAACAAGAAGAGUGAGGAUGCGAAGAAGAUCGCCGAGAAGGCUAGCAAGGACGCUAAAUAAGUGCCUGCUGAUGGAUUUUACGCUGCAAUGACCGGUGUCUCGGGCAUAGGGAUGGAGUGAUGACUACUUUAUAACGAUACCCGAAAAUUCGGCCACAUGAUUUCAAUGACAG